GCUCUUCCCAACCAAAGCCAACUGUGACGACUCUACACAAGACAUCAAGGCGGACCAGGAUUGGUAGGAGCCGAAGUCCAGACACCUAGCUUAAAUGGAGUCAGAAAGAACCACUACUCAAGGCAUACAAGAAAGAAACUUAAGAGUGUGAGCAGCUGCAUAUUACACACAGCCUUGGAGAAAGAAGCUCCUCAAUGGAACAUGAUGGAACUUUGAGUGAGUGCAAAAGUAGAGACAUGAGCUUAAGGACUUGAUUUAUGAGAUCUGACAUCAACCUAAACCACACAGCAUGGAACCUAAGAUGAAGACCAGAAGAAGCCUUUCCAAAGCACUUUCACAAUUAUAAUUCAACAAUCAACUGUUUAGAUGUGAUUUUCCCAGUAAAAUAUAAACUCUGGGAAGACAGGAACUUUGCCUGCCUUCUUCACUUGGAUCACUUCAUCACCUAAACAAAGCAUACAGACUUCUAUUUGGUUAUUAAUUAAUUAAUAAUCAAUAUUUGACAAAUUUUGGGUUCACAUGGUAAAAGUCAAUACCAUAGCCCCUCAUCAGUCCUCUACACUUGGUUGUAAAUAAUUGUGCUUAUAUUACCUACAGAGUAAACAUUAUAGCAUUAUCACUUCAGAAUCCUUUGUUUCUAUGGUUUCCAGUUGUUUCCAAUGUCUAGAUGUUCCAGCUGCCCAUCUCUGAGAAAUCCAGCUCUGUCUCACCAUGCAUGCCACAGCCUGUAAUGAAUCAGUGGAUGGCUCACCCAUCUUCUAUCUGGUGGGCAUCCCCUCUCUGCCAGAGACCUUCUUCCUUCCUGUGUUUUUUAUUUUCCUCCUCUUCUACCUUCUCAUCCUGAUGGAUAACGCCCUGAUCCUGGUGGCCGUGGUGGCAGAGCCCAGCCUCCACAAGCCCAUGUACUUCUUUCUGAUCAAUCUCUCCACCUUGGACAUCCUUUUCACCACAACCACUGUCCCCAAGAUGCUGUCCUUAUUCUUGCUUGGGGACCGCUUCCUCAGCUUUUCUUCCUGCUUACUGCAGAUGUACCUCUUCCAAAGUUUUACAUGUUCGGAAGCCUUCAUCCUGGUGGUCAUGGCCUAUGACCGCUAUGUGGCUAUCUGCCACCCACUGCACUACCCUGUCCUCAUGAACCCACAGACCAAUGCUACCUUGGCAGCCAGUGCCUGGCUAACUGCCCUCCUCCUGCCCAUCCCAGCAGUAGUAAGGACCUCCCAGAUGGCAUAUAACAGCAUUGCCUACAUCUACCACUGCUUCUGUGAUCAUCUGGCUGUGGUCCAGGCCUCCUGCUCUGACACCACCCCCCAGACCCUCAUGGGCUUCUGCAUCGCCAUGGUGGUGUCUUUCCUCCCCCUUCUCCUGGUGCUUCUCUCCUAUGCCCACAUCUUGACCACGGUGCUUCGCAUCAACUCCCAAGAAGGACGCUCCAAAGCCUUCUCCACCUGCAGCUCCCACCUCCUGGUGGUGGGCACCUACUACUCAUCUAUUGCCAUAGCCUAUGUGGCCUACAGGGCUGACCUGCCCCUAGACUUCCACAUCAUGGGCAAUGUGGUAUAUGCCAUUCUCACACCUGUUCUCAACCCCCUCAUUUACACUCUGAGAAACAGGGAUGUAAAGGCAGCCAUCACCAAAAUCAUCUCUCCAGACCCAGGCUGUGACAGGAGCAUUUGACCUUUAAAUGCAGCUAAUUCUGCUUCUAGGACACCAAAUAACAGUGCUUAGCACAGAG